AUGUACGCGUGCAAGAAGCUGGAGAAGAAGCGCAUCAAGAAGCGCAAGGGCGAGCCGAUGGUGCUCAUCGAGAAGCAGAUCUUGCAGAAGAUCAACUCGCGCUUCGUGGUGAACCUAGCGUACGCCUACGAGACCAAGGACGCCCUCUGUCUGGUACUAACGAUCAUGAACGGCGGCGAUCUCAAGUUCCACAUCUACAACAUGGGCGGCGAACCCGGUUUGGACCUGGUGCGGGCAAGCCCCGACUGGUUCAGCUUCGGCUGCCUCCUCUACGAGAUGAUCGAGGGCCAGGCCCCAUUCCGCGCUCGGAAGGAGAAGGUGAAGCGCGAAGAGGUGGACAGACGCGUCAAGGCGGACCAGGAGCGCUACUCGAGCAAGUUCGGCGAGGAGGCGAAGGCGCUGUGUCAGCAGCUGCUGGCGAAGCGGCCGCAGCUGCGGCUGGGCGGGCAGGCGGGCCGUAGUGGGGCGGCCGCGCCCCACGCAGUGUACGCGAAGGACGUGCUCGACAUCGAACAAUUCUCGACGGUGAAAGGUGUGAACAUAGACGAGAGUGACGUGACGUUCUACACCAAGUUCAACACGGGGUGCGUGUCGAUACCGUGGCAGACGGAGAUGAUCGAGACGGACUGCUUCCGGCAGCUGAACUCGUUCGGCCCGAAUUACUCCAGGACGCCCGAUCUGGUGCUGCAGCCGACCGAUCCCGAUCAGCCCCAGCCUGCUCAGCAAAGUGACGACGUCCACGGAGAGAUGAUGCCCGCGAAUCGCCCCCGCGUUCUUCUGUCCGCAAUGCGUCGCGGCCCGAGCCCGUCUUUCCCCGCCUCGCGAAUGAGGAAGGCCCGUCGCUGCUCGGAAAACUCGAACGAAAAGUAA